AUGGGAGCGGUGCGCUGUGCACGGUUGGCUAUCCCUCACAUGAGACCAACGGGUGGUGGACGCAUCAUCAACGUCACUCACCCCGGUGGUAAACAGCCGGACGCAGGCUCUGUUCCAACCUCUGUCAGUCGGGCGGCGGGCAUUGCGAUGACAAAAGCACUGUCUAAAGAGUUACUCGCCGACAAGAUCCUUGUCAACACGGUCUGCUUGACCUCAAUCAAGAGCGCGCAGGGUGAACGGUCUUGGAAGGCGGAUGGUUCGCCCGGCACGAUCGAGGAGUAUUGGGAAGCAAGAGGCGCGGAGCAUCCGCUCGGUCGCUUGGGUGAACCGACUGAGGUCGGUGAUCUCGUCGCUUUCCUUGUCUCGGAUCGGGCUUCGUACAUAACGGGGACAGCGAUCAAUAUUGAUGGAGGAUUAUCGGCGGUUGUUUAG